GAUAAAUUAGUUAAGUUUUGCAAUUGCAGAUCCAAAGAAGGGAGUGUGAAAUGUUGAUCUGAAAAAUGAUGGAUGUAGAGAGAUCGUCUCUGUGCAAUUGCGUCGUGAAUUUCCUGCUGGAGGAGAACUACCUCUUAACGGCAUUCGAGCUGCUCCACGAACUCCUCGAUGACGGCCGGGACGCCCAGGCCAUUCGCCUCAAGGAGUUCUUCUCUGAUCCCUCUCAAUUCCCUCCAGAUCAGAUCUCUCGCUUCAAUUCUCUUCGUGUUGUAGACCCUCAGAGCUUGCUAGAAGAGAAAGAAGCAGUAGAGGAGAAACUGGCAAUUAGUGAGUAUGAGCUUCGUUUAACUCAAGAAGACAUUAUGAAACUUAAGACUGAAUUACAGAGGAAAGCAGAUCUCCCUCUGGAUAAAUUAAAUGGAUCAGAUUCGGGUGUAUCUGCAAAUCUUGGACCGGAAAUUCAAAGACAGAAGAGGGAUGCCCCCUUCUCUGAUUUGGGUCCUUUGAAGCCCAAUGAACGUAUAGAUCUUAACUGUGCAGUAAAGGAAUAUUUGCUUAUAGCUGGUUACCGGCUUACUGCGAUGACAUUUUAUGAAGAGGUUACAGACCAGAAUUUAGAUGUUUGGCAAGACUCACCUGCGUGUGUACCUGAUGCAUUGCGCCAUUACUAUUAUCAGUACCUUUCAUCUACCGCAGAGGCGGCUGAGGAGAAAAUUGCUAUGCUUCAAGAAAAUGAGUUAUUACGGAAAGCAAAUGAAAGUCUAAAACAUGAGAAACAGGGCCUGCUGAAAAGCAAAGAUUUGGCUGAUGGUCAAAUAAGUGCAUUAACCAAAGCUGUAGAAGCUAAGGACGUCAUGGUACAAGAUUUGAAGCAGGCCAUAGAGCACCAAAGGAAGGAGCUCAAUGGUUGUAGAGCUGAAAUCACUUCACUAAAAAUGCACAUCGAGGGCUCUCUUUCUGGACGAAAUUUGGUAACUACUGAUGGUGAACCUGUUCAGUCCCAGAUGUUGGAAAGUUACAGACAAGAAAUAAAGUCUUUGCAUAUGGAAAUUGAAAGAUUAAAGGUCAACAAUAAAGAUGCUCCCUGUUCUGUGGGUUCCAUACAAUCUGAGGAGGAGUCAAUGAUACAGACUGCAGAGAAAGUUGUUGAGGUGGAUGAAAAGAAAACUGUUAUCUCUCAUCCUGCUGACUUGGCAGGAGUUGUAGACAAUAAAGAUGCUCAAUCACUGUCCACUCAAACCUUUGAAGACAACACUGACAAACCUAAGGAGAUUUCACAACCAUUAUUGAACAGUUCUCUGAAUGUUAAUGAUGCUUUCUCAACUUUCGAUAAUAUAUCUAAACAAGACGAGGAAGCUGCAUUAAAAGAAAGUGGAUUGCAUUUAAAUUCAGACAACAUAAGUGUUGAGGCUGCACCGGAUAAAAUUGGUUUUGGGACCAUUCAGAUCCUUGCAGAUGCCUUGCCGAAGAUUGUUCCUUAUGUUUUGAUCAAUCAUCGUGAGGAGCUCCUUCCCCUGAUAAUGUGUGCAAUUGAGCGCCAUCCAGAUAGCAGCACACGAGAUUCAUUGACCCACACACUCUUUAAUUUGAUUAAACGUCCAGAUGAACAGCAGAGACGAAUUAUAAUGGAUGCGUGUGUCACCCUUGCUAAGAAUGUAGGGGAGAUGAGAACAGAAACAGAGUUGCUUCCCCAGUGCUGGGAACAAAUAAAUCACAUGUAUGAGGAGCGUAGGCUGCUUGUUGCUCAGUCAUGUGGAGAGCUUGCAGAAUUUGUCCGGCCAGAGAUUCGUGAUUCUCUCAUUUUGUCCAUUGUGCAACAACUGGUAGAAGAUUCCGCAACUGUCGUUCGGGAAGCUGCUGCACAUAAUCUGGCCCUGCUGCUUCCAUUCUUUCCUGAUAUGGAUAAAUAUUUCAAGGUGGAAGAGUUAAUGUUCCAAUUGGCUUGCGACCCCUCUGGAGUGGUGGUAGAAACUACGAUCAAGGAACUACUUCCUGCACUAAUAAGUUGGGGAAAGAAAUUAGACCACAUUUUGAGAGUUCUACUCUCACAUAUUUUAAGUUCUGCUCAGCGUUGUCCUCCUCUUUCUGGGGUGGAAGGGUCAGUGGAGGCACAUCUGCAUGUUUUAGGUGAACGAGAACGCUGGAACCUUGAUGUUUUACUUCAGAUACUGGCAGAAUUGCUUCCUUAUGUGCACCAGAAAGCAGUUGAGACAUGCCCAUUUCCUACCGUUUCAGAGUCAGAUGAGACUGUGUUUUCUUGCUCCCUGCUUGAACUUUAUUCUGGGGGACAUGUUGAAUGGCCUGCAUUUGAAUGGUUGCAUGUUGAUUGCUUUCCUGAUUUGAUACAACUCGCUUGCUUGUUGCCCCAAAAAGAAGAUAAGUUAAGAAACCGAAUUACAAAGGUAAUUUUGUCUCCCUCACAGUUCUUUAUCUAUUGUCUUCCUCCCAGUUGUUAUUGGGAUGCCUUUGCGCAAACUGAUGCCUGUACUACUUCAAAGUUCAGACAGUACUCUUUAAAUUUAUGACUGAUUUAGACAUUGUCAUGUAGUUUUUAUUGGCUGUAUCUAAAAGAUUUGGCGAUUCUUAUUUGACCCACAUAAUGCUACCUGUAUUUCUGGGAGCAGUUGGGGAUAAUGCCGACUUGACAUUAAUCCCUUCCAGCCUCCACUCAAGAAUUAAAGGUAUGGUGGAUUG